AUGUUUCGUCCCAAAAAGAAGAAAGAGCUCUCCUUGAUGGAGGAACUCAAAGAGCUCGAGCUGCUAGAAGAGGGAGAGAUGGUCGACAUCCCGGACCUAGAAAACGACGACCUCAUUGAAAAAAACUCUCUUAGCGUGAUUGUACGAUGCCUCAACCCUACUGUACACAAAGUCGGUGGCCUCGUCAAAGCCCUUCCCCCGAUAUGGGGCUUGGAAGAUAGAGUUCAUGGAAGAGGAGUGGGAGCAGACAGAGUCCAGUUCAUCUUCCAAUCGGACAGAGACCUUCACCAUGUACUCACGAGAGGCCCUUGGUUUGUGAAUGGCUGGAUAGUUUCUCUUGACCAAUGGUCACCCUCCCCAUCUCCAGAUUUCCUCCACAAAAUCCUAUUCUGGAUCGGAGUCCGAGGACUCCCCGUCCAUCUCCUAAAGAAGCAAGCCGUCGACAGUCUCAUUGGACCUCUGGGAAAGAUAGAAAAGGUAGAGCUGCACGCCAAGAACUCUACCUCCGUGGAAUACAUUCGAACUCAAGUAUGGAUCAAUACAGAUGAGCCACUCCAGUUCAGGCGUACAGCUCGCUUCAAGUCAGGAGAAGUAAUACCUACUGAGCUGGAAUAUGAGAGACUCAUCAAAGUCUGCUUCCUCUGCAAGCACCUCACGCAUGAUCAAACAAAGUGCCCCUAUCAAGUUCUACCCCAGGAGCAGCAUCAGAACGUCGCCGUACCACGACGAAGCAACCAGACCCAAGGAGGAUCCCUGAGAAAAGACCAACAAGGUGGGCAAAACUCCAAAGCGACAGUAAAAGCUCCCCGAACAACUCACUCUCGAGCAACUCAAUCUCGCGCAACAAGUCGCAGAGAAACAAUACCUGCUACAGCUCCAUACAAGAAGACGAGCCAGAAAGGGAAGGCUAUCGCUGGAGAAUCAAGUCGAGUAUGGAAGCAAAAGGAAAUUGUUUAA